UGCCAAUACAAAAAGUGGCUCUUCAUUAUUCGAGUCGGCCGACACCAUUUUUUUAUUGUACAAUCACUGUCUAGUUUACUCAUGAAUUCCACAGUUUCACGCUGAAGCGCCAUGGAAGCUAAAGCGGUUCAAGCCUUUCAGUUUUCAACAAUGAAGCGUUCCACGAAGCCUGAGAGAACAGGGCCAAAUGACUCUCUCAGAAGGUUUGGUGGAUUUAAGAAACAGCUUUUUGUUUCGUCAACGUUUCACCCACCAAGACCUUCAACAAAGAUACUGCGAAGGACAAAAUCUUUGGUGGUUGCAUGUUCGCAUAACAAUAUUCCAGCGAGGACAUUGGAAUCUGAAACAUUUCAUGCUCCUGUUGAUGAAAAAUUUAUUUUGAAGAGUAAAUCACAAGAGAUCGAGCCAUAUUUAAAUGGGCGCUGUAUAUAUCUUGUUGGAAUGAUGGGAUCUGGGAAGACAACUGUGGGGAAGAUAUUGUCACAAGCGCUUUCUUAUGCGUUUUUUGAUAGUGAUGCAUUGGUGGAGGAGGAGGUUGAUGGAACAUCUGUAGCUGAUAUAUUCAAGCACUAUGGAGAGACAUUUUUUCGUACUAAGGAGACUGAGAUAUUGCGGAAGCUGUCAAUGAUGCAUAGAAAUGUUAUUUCUACCGGUGGAGGUGCUGUUGUGAGGCCCAUCAAUUGGAAAUAUAUGCACCAAGGAAUUAGUGUUUGGUUGGAUGUACCUGUAGAGGCAUUGGCUCAGAGAAUAACAGCCGUAGGAACUGAUUCUCGCCCACUUCUAAACUAUGAAUCGGGAGAUGCAUACACAAAGACUUUCAUGCGUUUGUCUGCCCUUUUUGAAGAAAGAAGUGAAGCGUAUGCAAAUGCCAACGCUCGGGUCUCCUUGGAAAAUAUGGUAGCAAAACUGGGUCAAAGAGAUGUGUCAGAUUUAUCUCCAACUGCUAUUGCAAUGGAGGCGCUAGAACAAAUCAAAGGCUUUCUUAUGAGUGAAGAUGGUUGUUAAGCACGUUCUGGCAGAAUCUUCAAAACAAGCAUGUUUUGGUAAUGCAUAAUUCUCUCCCCAAAUUAAAAUGGAUAUGAGAAUGGCAGUGUGGUGUAUCCUUUUGUUUGGGAAAAUAAUUAUGCAUGCAGAUAUUCACUGUUUAUGCGUAAUUUGUGUAAACGUAAUUUGACGGCAUGCAGCGUUUAAUUUUCACAUCUUCUGUGAUGUUUGUAGUAAUGUGAAUUGGAAAAAUCAGUGUGCAUGCCUUAUUCGCUGAGUUUGCAAGACAAGGGGUGCUGGCUCAA